UGCGGUAUAGUCACGUCGCAGUUUCAAAGGUACCCGACAUACACUGCGCGCAGCAAUCCACCAAUCACAACCGUCCCUACUCACUUUGCCGUACUGAACCAUAGAUAUAAUAGGUAGAUCAGACACGCCCCCCUUUAGAUUUCCGUGCCUACGAUGACGCUAAGAUAGGAGGGUCAAAGUCGUCAACGGAGUCCAUGUGUGUGGACGACAACAAAGCUAGACCAAGGAUGCCAGUACAUUGUGCAUAUAGUUGCGCACCACGCCUUACAAUUACGGCAGGGGAAGAGUACAAUUACGGCAGGGGAACGGAGAGUAACUUUCACAGAUUAAAUGUUGUGUAUUGAUACCACACGGGGUGGCGUUGACAAAACAGUAAACCUCGUGAAAAUCGGCUGGGACCUAAUUUCAAUGUUCAUACCUUGCGUUUAAUGGGAACGUUGACCUCUCCAACAUGGCCGCCAGGUAGGCACGUCGGUUAGCCGGGCUGCUACAACGCGCUGGCGGUCUAGUCGCAGGCCACAGUGGCUGCCCGCCCUCCCCGCACAUGGAGUAACUCGCUGGGAAUAACAUAGAAAAAUGAACAACGAACACGACAAAAUCUUAACUGCUUUGCCAGAAAGUGACGACUUGGUGCCAAAAAGAAAAGCAACUUCAGUUAUCUGGAAUUAUUUCGGCUACAAGAAGGGUGAUAUUGAGCAAACACGUGUUCUGUGUGGACAGUGCCUUGCCCCUGUGGGCACGACGGGAGAAAAUGCAGUCAAACAUGAUGGACGUAUUGAGCGUGCUGUGGGUGUCUGCAAGAAGCUGGUGGGUCACUUCUCCCGCAGCUGGAAGGCCAGAAGAGCUCUUGAAAAAGCCCAGAAAGACCUCAAUCUACCAACUCAUUCCCUCCUAUCCGAAUGCCAGACAAGAUGGGGCUCUAGACAGAUGAUGAUCAGUAGGAUACUGGAGCAGCAGCAGGCCAUAACUCAGGUUCUGUCUAUGGACAAGAAGAUGCACCAUUUAACUCCAACUUGGCAAGACAUAGAUGUUCUGGAAUCUGUCAGCAGAUCACUAGGCCCACUGCUGGAAUUAACUGAUGCUCUUUCAGGUGAAGACUAUUUCAGUGUUUCCUAUGUUAAGCCAGUCCUGCACCUCUUAAACAACUCAAUCCUGGUUGUACAAGAGGACGACGCAGACCUAACAAAGAAGGUGAAGAGUGAGAUGUUGAACUACAUCAACAAGCUAUAUAAUUGUAAAGCUACUCAGGAGCUACUUGAUAUAGCAUGUUGUUUGGACCCCAGAUUCAAGAUGGAUUUCAUCAGUGCAGACAACAAGAGCCAAGUCAGUGCCAGAGUGAUAUCGGAGAUGACGGUGACAUUGGAGACCCAGGAGACAGCACUCUGCAGCUCAGAGGUCGAACCCAAAGCGGCUGCCACGCCCCAGAAAAAGAAAGCUAAGAGGUCCUUGGGCUGUUUCUUCAAAGAAAAGGGGAGCAGAGCUGCAGAAAAGUGUGAUUCCUUCGUAAACCUGAAGGAUACGGUGGAAGCAGAGUUUGACAACUACCUGCUAGCACCUUCAAUAGACACAGAGGAAGAUCCACUUACUUGGUGGAAAAUUCACCAAGUCAACUUUCCACAUCUUGCCAAGCUUGCCCGCAAGUAUCUCUGCAUUCCUGCAACAAGCUCCCCUUCAGAAAAGCUUUUCAGCACAAGUGGCCACAUUGUCACUUGUCAGCGUUCCUCUUUAAAACCUGCAAUGGUAGAUAGACUGGUAUUCUUGGCCAAAAACCUCAACACUUGAGUGAACUUUGUACGUGCGCGCGCGCGCACACACACACACACACACACACACAGUCAGUUACAGUUGGACUUGUGUGAUUGAAAUGUUCAGAUUCAUUUAGCUGUUCGGUACUCUUAAAAAAAGGAAAGAGAAAAGCAGAUUUGCUAAAGUGUUCAAGGUUGUCUUCAUCUUUAUUUAAGAUUAAAAGACAUUUUACACUGCACUGUUGCUUUGUUUUAAAUGAUCAAUAAUUUGUGAAACUGAUUGCUUAGAGUUGGCUCUUCAAGUCAUACAGUGCAUCUGGAAAGUAUUCAUACCGUUUGUUUUACCACAUUUUGUUAUCUUACAGCCUCAUCCCAAAAUGGAAUACAUUUUUUUCCCCUCAAAAUUCUACACACAACCCCCCAUAGUGACCAUGUGAAAAAAUUUGUGGAUUUAUUAAAAAUAAGAACCUCAGACGUCACAUGUACAUAAGUAUUCACAGCCUUUGCUCAAUACUUUGUUGAUGCACCUUUUGGCAGUAAUUACAUCCUCAAGUCUUUGUGAAUAUGAUGUCACAAGCUUGGCACAGCUAUCUUUGGGUAGUUUCCCCCCAUUCCUCUUUGCAGCACCUCUCAAGUUCCAUCAGGUUGGAUGGAGAGCGUCAGUGCACAGCCAUUUUCAGAUCUCUCCAGAGAUGUUUGAGCGGAUUCAAGUCUUUGCUCUGGCUGGGCCACUCACGGACAUUCACAGAGUUGUCCUGAAGCCACUCCCUCGUUGUCUUGGCUGCGUGCUUAGGGUCGUUGUCCUGCUGGAAGGUAAACCUUCGCCCCAGUCUGAGGUCCUGAGCGCUCUGGAGCAGGUUUUCGUUCAGGAUGUCUCUGUACAUUGCUGUAUUCAUCUUUCCCUCAAUCCUGACUAGUCUCCCAGUUCCUACUGCUAAAAAAACAUCCCCACAGCAUGAUGCUGCCACCACCAUGCUUCACUUCAUGGUAUUGGUCAGGUGAUGAUGGUUUUCUCCAAAUAUGACGCCUGGCAUUCACACCAAAGUGUUCAAGCUUAGUUUCAUCGGAUCAAAGACUUUUCUCUCUUAUGGUCUGAGAGUCCAUCAGGUGCCUUUUGCCAAACUCCAGGUGGGCUGCCAUGUGCCUUUUACAAAGGAGUGGCUUCAUCUGUCCACUCUACCAUACAUGCCUGAUUGUUGGAGUGCUGCAGAGAUGGUUGUCCUUCUGGAAUGUUCUCCUUUCUCCACAGACGGCUGCUGGACCACGGACAGAGUGACCAUCGGGUUCCUGGUCACCUCCAUGACUAAGGCCUUACUCCCCCGAUUGGUCAGUUUAGAUAGGCGGCCAGCUCUAGGAAGAGUCCUGGUGGUCCGGAACUUAUUCCAUUUACAGAUGAUGGAGGCCACUGUGCUCACUGGAACCUUCAAAGCAGCAGACAUUUCUCUGUACCCUUCCCGAGAUUUGUGCCUCGAGACAAUCCUGUCUCAGAGGUCUACAGACACUUCCUUUGACUUCAUGCUUGGUUUAUGCUCUGACAUGCACUGUCAAUUAAUUGUAGGACCUUCUAUAGACGGAUGUUUCCUUUUCCAAAUCAUGUCCAAUCAACUGAAUUUACCACAGGUGGGACUCCAAUUAAUCUGUAGGAACCUCUCAAGGAUGAUCAGUGGAAACAUGAUGCACCGGAACUCAAUUUUGAGCUUCGUGGCAAAGGCUGUGAAAACUGUUGUCCAUGUGAUUUGUUCGUUUUUUUAUUUGUAAUAAAUUUGCAAAAAUGUCACCCCCCCCCCCCCAAAAAAAAAAUCACGUCAUUAUGGGGUGUUGUGUGUAGAAUUUUGAGGGAAAAAAUUUAUUUGUUCCAUUUUGGAAUGAGGCUGUAACAUAACAAAAAGUGAAGCGCUGUGAAUACUUUCCGGAUGCACUGUAGAGCAAAUUAAAUUAAUCAUUAUCUCAAGUUGUUUAAGUCUUAUGCUGUAAAUCAGUAAGGCAACUGGCAAUGUGCUAAUAUUUGUAUGUGGUUUAUUUAAAAUCAUAUUUACUUUUUAUACUACAUUAAAACGAGGGUUGUAAAUCUCUCGAGAACCCGAUUUUGAGCUGCUGAUAUUUUUUUUGUUAAAGCUUGUUUACUUAUUUUCCAUUAUUAACAAAAGGUGUUGUUGGACCACUCAGGAAGCUCAUAUAGACCUGCUUUUAUUUUUAUUAUUAUUUUGCUUUUAAAAAAACUUUUGAUAAAAAGACAGUUUUGCUGUAAAAAGAUUUCAGUUGUUGAAUAAAAGGUUGCAUGAC